AUGCGAAGACCACGAUACAGUCGGACCGGGUGGCAAAGUGAGAUGCAAUCUCACCGUUCCUCAACUCAAUCCAUGCACACUAAGAAGCACGGAAGCUUGCAUGCAGUCGCGCUUCGCGCUUCAAAAGUGGAAGCGAAUCGGAAGCGCACCGAAAGUGGCCGGAAGCGGUCGGAAGCGCGAUUCCGAGAAAAAGGUGGUUUGGAAGCGAUAUGGAAGCGCGAGCUUCCAAAUUGGAAGCGUCAAAUAGGCUGGAAGGAAGCGAUAUGUUCUGGCAAUGCGAUGAAAAAACAAAGAUUGCAACUGUUGGGUGUUGCAUGCAUGAUGAUUGCAGCUAAAUACGAGGAGAUUCAUGUUCCAGAGGUGGAAGAGUUCUGUUACAUUACAGACAAUACAUACUUCAAGGACGAGAUUUUGCAAAUGGAAUUUGAUGUAUUGGAUCACUUGAAGUUUGAAAUGGCAGCUCCAACAGCUAUGUGCUUUUUGAGGCGGUUUUGUUCAGUUGCUGAAAGAACAAGCUGUGAGGUGCCACCAGUGCUGUUCCAGUGCUUGGCCCACUAUAUUGCAGAGUUAUCUCUUCUAGAAUACUGCACGCUUGGCUAUGCCCCAUCGCUGAUUGCUGCUUCUGCUACUUUCUUGGCCAAAUAUAUACUCUCUCUUUCACAGAAGCCUUGGAAUUCUACGUUAAGACAUUACACAAACUACCGAGCGUCUGAUCUGUGUGAUUAUGUUAAAGUGCUGCAUCACCUAUGUUGUAAUGGCAGUGGUUCUAACUUAGCUGCAGUUCGAGAGAAGUACUGUCAACACAAGUACAAGUUCGUGGCCAAGACGUACUGCCCUCCGUCAAUACCUCUAGAGUUCUUCCACCACCUGAGCAACUAGAAGUUCACAGUUCGAUGUAUGUUGUUUUUUGUUGAGUUGGUGAGGCUCAUUCCGGUCACACUCCCUAUGCAUAUUGGAUCGCAAGUUACUGCUGUGGGAUA